CCAAAAGUAUCCCAAGCAUUAUUCUUAAAAUUUAUGGAUGAGUACGAAAUCAAAUGGGUCGGGUCGGGAGGUUAUGUAUACAAAGGCUUCAGUACCAGUAACCCUCUGCGAUCAAUGGUGAGGCGAAGUCCGAUGUACCGCCGGCGAAGCUGCUUCGUCGGUGACUUUUCGAUUCCGGCGAGGUUUUCGCAUCGCGAGCGACGGAGAGGCUUCGAUCAAUGCGAGGCUCUGAUACCAGAAUUUGAUGAAGACGAUGAAUUAGAGAUCCUCCAUAUGAUGAAGAUGAUGCAAAUCGUGAUUUGGACUGGAUUGAAAUACCAAAAACAUCUAGUUGUUUGUCUUGCCUUGAAGAAAUUAAAGUUUAUGGAUUUAAAGGGGACGAUGAUUAGUUGGAAGUAUUUUCUGAAAAAUGCUGAAGUACUGAAUAAGAUCGCUCUAACUAUCUGCCUCAGAUUUGGAAGCUAUUAUUGCGGCGCUGAGCAGCCAAGUUGUUGGACUUUUCAAGUUGAAAAUUUGAGAGCCACAGAAACCAUGACUUCAAUGGCGAAGCAUCUGCAACCUUCGAAGAAGGUAAAUAUUGGAGAUGGAGAAGAUAGAAUCAGCAGCUUGCCAGACUCACUUAUCAUUUACGUUCUUUCUUUCAUUCCAACCAAGUAUGCAUUCAGAACCACCGUCCUAUCCAAAAGAUGGAAGGACCUAUGGGCAUUUGUCCCAAAUCUUGACUUUGAUGCAUCAAUGCUUGAUGUUCCAAAGCAGACUCCUGAUGUUAAAAGUUUCAUGAAUUUCAUAGAUUGGGUACUUUUCUUUCACGGUUUGCCAUGUAUUAGAAGAUUCCAUCUGAAAUGUAGUUGGGGAUUUGAUGUAUCCCGUCUACCUACAUGGAUAAGUGUUCUUACUGCGCGUGGUGUUGAAGAGCUUGAUGUCGAAUUGAUCACAAACCAGGAGGUUCUUAUUUUGCCUCAAAAGCUCUUUUCUUGCAGGACACUGGUGGUCUUAAAGCUAAUAAGUGAGCUGAACGUCGAUUUUCCUGCCUCGUUUUACUUGCCGAAUCUCAAGGUCCUUCAUGUUUCACUUAGUUAUCCACAAAAUGGCGUAUUGCAGAAGCUCUUCAGUAACUGCCCCCUGCUUGAAGAUUUGCACUUCAGUGCAGAGGUAGAGGAUGAGUUAGAAAUGAUUUUUGAUGUCUCUUGGCCCGCUCUAAAGAAAUUACAGCUCCAUUUAACUACAUCCCAAGAAUUUGCAUACGUUAAUUGGGAAAUCAAGUUUCCCAAGGACAUGAUUGUCAUUGAUGCACCAGUUCUUGAACACCUGACUGUUCAUGAUGAUUACUUAUCUUGCUACUCGCUGAAGAACCUAUCCUCUUUAGUUACAGCAUAUAUAGAUGUUGGACACUGCUGUAUAGAUCUGCUCGCACCGGAAGAUCGUGCUAAUAAUCUGUUCAUGCUUCUGGAAGGAAUCACUAGUGUCAAGUCUCUAUCACUAGAUUCAGCAGCCAUGGGGGCUCUUGAAUUUGCCGAUGAUAACAAGUUGCUUCUAUACCCAAAUUUGACUUAUUUGGAGCUGACCGUUCACAAUUGCUAUACCUGGAGACGGCUAUCAGACUUGCUUGAUAGUGUUCCUAAACUGGAAACUCUAAUAUUGACGAUGGAUUUUCCACACGCUGAUGAUGAUGAUGUGCCUCAUAAUUUCGACUGGAUUGAACCAUCAGAAAGGCCUAUUUGUUUGUCUUGCAUUAAAGAAAUUACAGUUUCUGGAUUUAAGGGGGACGAUGAUGAGUUGAAGCUAUUGAAGUAUUUUUUUGAAAAUGCUGAAGUGUUAAAUAAUGUGAGAAUUGAUUCUUGCAAUUUUACUCCAGCUGACCAGGAGAAAUUUUUCAAGAAUUUGGUAAAUUUUCGAAGGGCUUCAAAGGUUUGUGAAAUUGAAUUUUUUGGUAAAUCGAAAGAGAUGUCGCCAAUUUUUUAGCCAAUAUGUGUCUGCUAAACUUUUAUUUGUAUUUUCUUUAUUGAGAUAUGAUAGACUUAUUUUAAGGUUGUAUUCGCGCUCUUUGAUUGAAAGGUGAUAAAACUUACUGUGAAAUUCGCUUAUUAGUUAUCAAAAAAAAAUUUGGUUCUGUA